CUUUGAAGUGGCAUGUCGGCCGUCCUGCCUGCCGCGCCGAGUCCGCCCGCGGCCGUCGUGGCCGUGAGCCGCCGGUCGCUCUACGUCAGCCUCGCUUGGGCCCUCUACGUCGUUCUGAGUCCGAUGCAAGCGUAUCUGUACGAGAGCUACCCGUGGCAGAUCGAGACGCCGGUGGACCGCCCGAGCGUGGACGGCAACUGGCGCGACGCGUCAGUCUAUUGGCUCAACUACAGCCAGCACCGGGCGGCCUUUCUGCCUGGCGCACCGUACAAGCACGACGUCGCAGGCAGCAUGGACAUGCACCGCAUGACCGUCAACCUCAGCGCGCCCAUUCCCUCGAACGCUUGCCACAAAAGCUUUGUGUACACGCUCAACAACGGCGCGCUUCUCAGCACGAGCCUCCAAGAUACGCUCUGCGCCUUCGCCGCCGAGCCAUCCCGUCGCGGCGUCGGCGGCUGCCAGCAAAACCACGCGCUGCACCUCGAAGCGUCCAUCAUCUGCAUGUGGAUCGUACCAGGGAACGACUUGGAAGAGUCGGCAGAAGCUGGCAUCUACACGUACUACAGUUCGUUCCGCAUGUCGCCGUCGGUCGGCUUCUUGAAAGCAAAGCUGAUGCUUCGCAUGGCGCUGGUCCUGUACAUGGUGUUUCUCGUCUGGCGCCUCUACUACCGCGUCGUCAUCCAAGCGAUUGCGUCCUGCCAACGCUACCCCGCGUCGCGCGUCACGUUGUUUGUGGGCGACCCCACGAGCCUCGUGCUCGGCGACUUGGUCUCGACGCUAGGUAUGUGUGUGGACCUUUGGCUCAGUGCGCCCGUGAUUGGCUCGGCCAUGCUCGCAGUCGUCCAGGUUGAUGCUCUUUGGUUUCACUUUACGGCUUACGUCUACCUCUCGCGGACGGCGUGGCUUGCCUAUGCGUUUAUGUCGGGACUGACCCAAGUCCUGAAAAAGCGCGGCGCCGAAGACCAUUUUACGCCGCUCGACCCCACAGUUCUCUGGCUCACAGCCUCGCUUGUUGCGGGGCCGCUCACGUAUGCGCAAGGCCAGUCGAGUGUAUUUGUGCAACUCUACCUCUGGUUCUUCAACGCGCCGGCCGUCCACCCGAGCACGAUUCAAGUGUUGUAUGCACUCGUCGUCUUCUUCCUCACCAUUAGCCUCUUGCCGAUGCUAUUGGGGUGGGGCCGCGUCCCGCUUCUACCAGUGCUAAUCGCGCCCUCUGCGGGCGCGACGCUCUCCAAGUUUGCGUCACCAGCCUUCAACGACUACAAACACCAACUGCUAUGGCGCUUGAUCAUGGGCCGCAACCUGCUGCAGACGCCGGGCCUCCACUUUAAAGGCGGUGGCAUCUAUGCGUUUUGCCAGACGUUGCCGGCGAUGCGGCAGUCGCCGUGCUUGAGCCAGCGCGGCACCGACUGCUUCGCUGUGCUCUACGACGACAAGGGCGAUGCCACAGCGUGCAUCCGCUUGAGCCUGAUGACCACGCUCGAUGUGCAUCAGCGCGGCUUGGAGGUCGCUACGGGCGUCGACGACCAAGUCUUUGGUCACGUCGCGAUCGAAGUCGACAAGACGACGAACGCAGCCAUUUACCGCUUGACCAAACCGCUGGGCGCGUGCCAAUGGCUGGAGUAG